GGGAACAUCAGCGCGACGUCCAAGUCGCCGCUCCGCGAUGGGGGAGGGGACCGCAGGGCCAGGACCCAAGUCCUUGGAGACGCGAGACCAAAGAACCCCGGGAGGUCCGGUUUGGGGCGGCAGGAGGUCCUUGGAGACGCCAGCCCAAAGAGCCCACGGAGGUCGGACUUCGGGGGACAGGAGGACUGAACCAAGACUUACCCGAAGUUGCCGCGGGGCCUUCCGAUCCCCUAGGCCAUUGCCCAAGUCUGGCCAGGCUGAUGGGACCAGCGAGGAGUCUCUGCACCUUGACAUUCAGAAACUGAAGGAGAAGAGGGACAUGCUGGACAAGGAGAUCUCCCAGUUCGUAUCUGAAGGCUACAGUGUGGAUGAACUGGAGGACCACAUUACCCAGCUUCACGAAUACAAUGACAUCAAGGAUGUGGGGCAGAUGCUGAUGGGCAAACUAGGUUUUCACAACCACCUUUGAGCUAAGUCCCAUGAUUGUUCCCAUUUGGAUGAGGAAACAGGUUCCGAGAGUGGAAACAACCUAUCAAAGUCCCACAGUGAGUCAGGGGCAACUGGAACCAGCACCCAGGUCUGUCUAACCCCAUUCCACACACAAAGCCUCACAACAGACUCUUACCAAACCAGAUGCCCCCUGGGAACAAGAUUUUGUCAGAUUCACAUCAGACGACAUCCUUUCCACCUGCAUCUCACACACGCUCAGCAUUUGCCUUGAUGAACGUGGUUCUGCUCCUGUUCCCUUAGGUCUUGGGUGAGCGCUAGUGGCCUCACUGGAGAUAGAUAGAACCAGGACUGUGAGGGGCUUCUGAGGCUCUCAUGUAUCUUAGGUCCCACCUAGCUUUUUU